AAAACAACCAAAGAAUGCACCGCAGGGUGAGCCUCAGAAUGAGCGCCAGAAUGAGUGCCUGGAGCACCAGAAUAACUCUCUGAAUGACUCUCAGGAUGAGUCCCAGGAGUCCCAGAGUGGAGAAACCGACUCUAGUGGCAUGGAACUGGAAUUAUACGGCGCUCGCUUCCAGAGUACCGAAUCUGAAGCUUCAUUCGAUGCCUUGCCAGCGCCCAUGGAUCUUCCUGGGGCUAAUGGGCAGGAAAAUUCUCCUCCGGAGUUCACCGAUUGCGAAAGUUAUCUCAGCUAUCAUCUGGACAGGUUGCAGCAAAUUUUGGCCACUCAGUGCUCAGAUCCUUUCUGGAAUAAACUGCCUCUGUCCCGAAAGCCAGUUGAAGACAAACCCUUGAACGUCCAGAUGAACGACAGGCAAUUUCAACGACUGGACUUGGAGGCAGAUGCCUUUUUGACGCAGUCUAGGGCCAUGCAUCAGAUGUGGUUGCAUGGUAAUAGACCGAUUUAGAAACCAUAGUCAAAGCCCACUAAACCACGGUUAACAAAACAGA